AUGCAGUCAUUUCAUAAAUUUUAUAUUGAAAACCCUAAUUUUAAUAAUAUAGGUCAUGUCGUAGCUACUGCUAACUUAAGCGAUAAGCAUGACCGAUCAGCUCCGUCUGAUUACCACUGGAAAAUUUUGAAGUGCAGAAUGAUAAUAUUCUCAAAUUCUUCGUUCUUAGCUUGCCCUGAUAAAAAAGAAGUUAAGCAAGUUCAUAUAAUUAUUAACACCUUAAGCGAUGACUAUGAUCGUUUAACUUCGUUAUUUUUGAAAUUUUGUCUUAAACAAGAAGGGUCCAUAAGGAAAGUAACACCAGAAACCUUUUUGAUGUGCUACCAGUACACAUUGAUUGCAAGAGUUGCACCAAUAUGGAAUACGUUGGGUUAUGAUUAUCUUAUAAAUAAUAGAGAUUUUUUGACGGCAUUCGGACCUCAAGAAGGAAUUAAAUAUAAUAUUUCCAUUAACGAUUCGUCAACUGUACUCGAAUUAAAGCCUGUUAAAAUUACUUUGAUGAAAUCUGAUAACAAAUACAAACCCAGCGACUGUGUCAGAGUACUACCAAGUUUGAACAAAGCUGUGGUCGAGGAGUAUUAUGAAACGUUGCCCGAAUCAGGUAACUUCAGGUGUUACAAGGAUUUACGACGACAUUGGAAAAACAUUCAUGGUUAUCGUUUACCUGAAGAGGAAUAUGCUUAUUAUGCAGUUCGAUUUUGGCGUGGGGAGCCAUUGACUUAUCCAAAAAUAUGCUUGACGUCUAAUUUUCCCAUCAUUACGCCAUUGCCAAAAUCUACUGAGGCAACUGUACUCGCAAGAUUUUUAAAUUGUCUGAAAAGUAAGAUGUCUCAAUUUCUUGGAAUUCCAUUGACAUUAAUCAACCAAGAAAGAGACUUUAACGGAUACGAAGAUAUGAAUGAAACAUAUAAGGAAACACAAACUGUCAGUCUUUGCACUCCAACCCAGCAAUCAACACCUCGCCGUCUUCGAUAA